AUAAAUAUGUAAAUACAGUAUAGCCGAGAGAAGCGGAAUCUUUCUUACUUUUGCGGAUGACAUUUCGCCAUAUGACUGAAAGAGUCGUAAAAUUUCACUAUUCAAUGUAAUCUUGUGGAUUUACGUAUCGUCGAACGAAAUGACGUGAGCGGCUCCACAAAAACUUUAUAACGUAUUUAACCGGUUGCACGGAUAUGUGUUCGGUUGUCACUGGUGAGAAAGAGAGAGAAAGAAAGAUGUUAUGUUUAUAUCCCGACAAGCAGAACGUAGUAGGAGACGUUUGUGAAGUUUGAAUCUACGAGAGAAUGGAAUGCAACGAACGAAAACGUCAAUAUACUAUUUAACACCAUGCCGCGACAAGCUUACACCACGUGUCCUGAUAUUUCGCUGGACGAUGUUAAAACUGUAGGCACUGUCAUGGACACAGAUGUGGAACUUGGCAAAAGUGAAGGGUGCGAUACUAUCCCGGGCUGCUCUGGUUACUCUAGCAUGGUGCAUAGUAAGAAAGUCAUUAAACAUGCGUUACGACAACAGGCCAAACGACGUAGAAAGAACACAACAAUAGCGGCAGGCAAUUCUCGUACAUUACCUAGGAUUGUUGUCAAGCCGUUACCUCCACCUCCACCAAACGAUCCACCAUCUCCAGUUAAUAAUGUGCAACACAUCAACACUGCAGUGGAAGAACCUGCUGCCACAAUGAGAGAAGUUUUGGCUAGUUUACCUGGAUUUAGCUUAAAAUCAGGUCGCAGACGAUCUACAAAAAGAUUAUCAGCGACAGCACAAUUAGAAGCUGGUCUUGUAGAUUUGGAAUCUCCAGCAAGCAUAUUAGCAAGUACGAGUUUACGAGCUCUAUUAAAUAGGCAUACUUUUCAAGGCUUACCUCCAUUGUAUCAACGGAAGCUCGCACAACUUUUACCUGCUGUAGAUAGACAGGAUGCUGCUAUCUCUGGAUUGAAUAAUGAAUUCUUUGCGAGAGCUUGUCUAGAAUGGCGGAAACGUUUAGCAGAAGGAGAAUUUACUCCGGAAAAUCAACAGCGUCUGAAAAUGGAAGCAGAGCGCGAUAAAAAUAAGCUAGACCCAUGGAAAGUGAAACACUUCGAGCCAAUAUGGGGAGAGAAACGAGAGCCUAAACUCAAAUCGAGUCUUCAUUAUAUUAGCGAGUCACGUUCUAGUGGUGCGGUAACACGUUCAAGUUUAAGACUUCGCCUGGAAUCCAAUAUUGAUAUUCCUGUGUCAGAACAUACGGUAUGUCCCAUCGUAAUGGCAGAAGGUAAGAGUGAUACCAAUUGCAAGGCCGAAAUCAACAUAAAAAGUUCGGACGAUAUAACCAACUCCGAAGGAGUGCAACAAAAUUUAAUGCCUUUGGAUUAUAAUGCGUUGCCGGAAAAUUUGACCGAUGAGAAACACCUGGACAAUUCUGCACAUAUGAAUUCUGUAAAAGUAACAGAAGAUAUCCAAAUGCACGAGAGCAAAACAGAGGAAACUGAUAAAGUUAUUGAUAUACGCAAUAAACAAGAUUUAAUUGAAGCCAAUGACCUUACGAGACAAAUUUGUCAACAAGAAAGCAUUUCAAAUGUUUAUGAAGAAGAAACAGAUUUUCCUUCUAGCGAUAAAAGCUUACAGCCUAUAGAAGCUAAUAUUAUUGAAGCGUCAGAAGAAGACACUGUGCUAUUACCUGACGAUAACUCAUCACCUAGAUCCAGCGAACAGAUAGAACGUGCGUCUCACACAUCUGGGGAAUCGAUUUCGCAGUUAUCUAACGAGUAUAUAUCGCAGACAUCUAUAGAUCAAAUUCCGCAAAUCGCGAAGGAGCAGAUGUCUCAGAUGUCUAAUGACCAAAUUUAUCAAAUAUCCGAUUGUGAGACCACGAGUAUCCUCGAAACUUCGUCGCCACAAGAUCAAGUUAGGCCAACGGACAUUGUUAUUGAGGAUACCAGUUUGAUUAAUACCAAUCAGACCGAAGCGACUCAAGGUUCACAUGAGAAUCCAGCGGAUAGUGAAUCGCAGAUUCCAGAAGGAAUGGAGAUCGAUAGCGAGACUUUGCAACGUAUUCAUGAACUCGAGGUACGAGGAGAAAUGCGGGAAAUGUACGAAGAGAUUUCGGGAUGCCCGGAAGAGAUAAUAUACCCCAUUUUGGAAGGAAUGGAAAUGGCAUCAACUAAUACGGAAGUAACUGAACCUCAAGUAGUAUCUGGACAGACUGAAGAUACCAGGGCAACGGACGUACAUGCUGGUAAUGAGGAUGAAGCCCUCCGAGAAGCAAACAAUUACGUUUGUUCCGAAAUGUUAGAAUGCAGCUGGACAGUGGAUCCGACUGUUAAUAGUAUCAGCAAUAAUAACAACAACAAUAGGACGCAAGAGGAACUACAAGUUCCUUGGCCUCUGGUAGCAGCUGCACUUGACGGAUCCGUAGCAGCUAAUAUUACAGUGACAACGCAGGAUGAAUGUAGCGAAACGUCUACAACGACUGACUCUACGACUCCUUCGCAGCAAUUUAUUAACACUGACGCCAACGUGGAGCCCGUCAACUGUAUUCAAUUGCCAGUUGUUCAAGGCGCCGCGUUUCAAGCGGAUGGUUUAGCCAUCAAUACGCCUGGAAACGGUUGCAUGAUGAAGAGCUUGCAAAGCUCGCAAAGCCCGCCGAUUAUCGCGUUCCCGCCGUUGCAGUCCAUCAGAUUCGUGCAAACCAACUUUCAUCCGCAGGAACAGGAAUCAACGCCCACGUUGAAUACCUCGUCCGCAAUUUCGGCGGCUCAAUUACAGCCACAACCGAGCACCACUGCGCAAGUUAACAUGAUUCGGACGCAGGAUACUAUCGCUCAAGUGAACACGCCGAACGGCAAUAGUGCCCAUAAUAACGUUCAGAACAUCAUCGCGACGCAAGGCCAAGUACAAAAUGCUCUCUCGACUACGUUGGGAGUGCAGUCUCAAAAUCGGGCGCAGAAUGCAAUUGUUAUUCAACACCAGCCUGCUGCCUCUGCUCAGCCCCGACCAAUUGCAUCCGCUGUGCAUCAGCAACCACAACCACAACCACAACAACAGCAACAACAGCAGCAGCAGCAACAACAGCAAUAUGGACCAGCUGGACCAUCCGUGACCGUCUCUUCACGAUCUUCACGUAUAUCUAAUCAAGGCAGCCAGAGGGGCUCCAGAAACAGUAACAAGGAACAAGGAGGAAGAUCAAGAAGCUCUACGAAAGAACCGCCGGGUGCUGUCAAUUUGGAGCGUAGCUAUCAGAUAUGUCAAGCGGUCAUACAAAGUUCACCGAAUAGAGAUCAAUUGAAAGCUCAUUUAAAACCGCCACCCAGCUUGCUCGCCAGAGGAGAUGGUGCAUUCACGACAAACAAGUCUGGCGGACGUACGGUAACGACGGUGAAACCUCAAAAAACGCAGCAAGCGAUACAACAUAACAAACAAGUCCAAAACAAAACACAGACGGUUAUGCUGAGACAUGUGUUCGCUACAGCGCGUCAAGCUGCAUCAACGGAGGUUGCAGAAAAUGCUCCUAUAGCGCAACUCGGAUCUACCACUGGUAACGGUCUUGGGCAAUACAUACUUGUACAAAGGACGGGAGUCGGAGAUGGUGCUCCGAGAGCGUCGUCUGCUCCUCCAUUACCUCCGCAAAUCGCAGGGAUGGGUGUCGGAGUACAUUUGGUGCGUGGACGACCGGCGAGUGCCGGGGAAGGCUCUCAUCAAGCUGUCACGUUGAAAGCAAGAGGCGCGGAUAGCAGAGUGACGGGUGGCGCGGAACCCGGUGCACCCGGUAUGAUAAUCGGAGGUGAUCCACCACCCCCAUGCGAAUGUAAUAUGCGAGGAGCUAUGGUAAUUUGUCGGCAGUGUGGUGCCUUUUGCCACGAUGACUGCAUCGGGCCUCAACGUAUCUGUGCUACCUGCCUCAUACGUUAAUAAUUCUUUACCAACUGUUCGUGUAUAAAUUUAAACCCGUUACGAGAUAAGAGUGCUGAACAUUUGGUUAUAAAUUAAUAAUUAAAUCCAGUGUUAAAAAUUAACGCGCAAGAAAUGCCGAAUAAAGAAACUUUUCGUGCAACACGUCACAUCCGAAUAAUUUGAAUGAACAAAAUUGUAUUAUAUUAAUAUAACUGUCUCAUUAAUCCAGUCAGAGGGAUAAAAUGAAUGUUUCUGAUGCACUAAGAUUAAUUGAGAUUAAACGGUGGUUAAUAAAAAAAGAAGAUUUUAUACAUAAACUCUCUUAUCUCUAAUGCAUUCUCAUGCUCCUGCUACGUUUUAAGAUAGUCGCACCAGAUCCCGAGUUUUAUUACUUUAUAA